GUCAUAAAAAAAAACAAGAAAUAGUUGCAUCAUCGUCUUCCCAAAUUAUUGACGAACUUUUAAACAAUGCUAAUAAUCUACAAGAUGACAAUGAAGAAGUAAUAAGCGUUGGUAAAUUAUCUCAAUCAGUAUUAACUUCUCCAAGGCAACUUUCGCCAGUCUUAGAAUCAAGAAUUGUAUCUCAACUUUUAUCAUCACCUUCAAGACAACAGUCACCAACUCAAAUUACGUUUCAAAUAACUAUACCUUCAAGACAACUAUCUUCAGCUUUAGAGUCGAGAGUUGUAUCUCCAAAACAAUUAUCACUGACUUUAGGAAUGUUAUUAACUUCAGAUUCGAAUUUCUCCAACAAUACGCUUGGUCAAUUCAAUCCUAAUAGAAUUACUGCUCUAUCUCCUUUUAAUGAAAUGUCAAUUUAUCAAGCUUCUGCAGAUGGUUCACAAUUUAUGUCUUCUAACUCUAUGACAUUAAUUACGGCUCCAAAUCAAGAUGACAAAGCAAAAGCUAGUCGAGACUAUUUAAAAGAAUUGAAGUGUCUUUUUCUUCGGGGUAUUAAAUGGCUUCAAAUAGCUAAAAAACACUUUGGUGAUUUUCGUAACAAAUUAGUUAAUGAUAUCGAAAAUUUGGUAAAAGACUUCAAAAAAAUAAGAGCACGUCCUGUAUCGAGCCCACUACAAAAAGAAGAAAUCAUCGCAUUCGUGAAUGAAGUUAAAACACUUAAUAGUGCAUUUGCAGUUAAUUAUACUUUGAGAGAUACUGAAGGGACAAAAGCAUUGGAUAGAUUAACAAAAAGUAUUGCUAUUCCAUCACGAAAUGGCAAAAAUUUUGCCAAUAAUAUCAAAUUGUAA